AUGAACCAAACAGGGAUGGUGCAGGAUAAAUGGGCCCAAACUGGAUGGAGAGUAGAGCAACAGUAUGCAAACAAAGUGCUGUUGGGCAAAUGGGGAGAAGAAAGACUUCAGUUCACUCGGGAGCCAAAGACAGCCAACAGCAUCAAUCGUGUAGACUACCGGCCCCACUGGGGCUUCGAGCCAGACGUCGCUGAGAGAGGAUCUGCCCUGCUGAGAGCUGAGGGGCUUCCUUCCAAGCAGCUAUUUGCCCAUUAUGGCCCAACAUCCCCUCAUUAAUUAGUCACUCAGUAUGAAGAGCGCAAUGGGCUUAUGCACACCAACGCUUUGCCCACUCUGCAGCCCUGGCAUCCAGAGAGCUUGACAUGGCAGCCUGAGAGGUCUGACUGGCCAAUUUCUGCCCUUCCAACCAACUUUGGUCUGCUGCUGUCUACAAAGCGCUGUUUGGAAAAGCAGCAGUCGCGCCUCCCGUCACUGACUGUGCACAAGUCAGCAUACCAGAGGCUCAGUGCCUUCUGCCAGAGACGCCUCGCCAGGGCUUCACACAUGCUCUCCAGCCACCUCCAUGCAGCAAAUCACAACAACAAGGACCUGGAUCUGAGAUGGUGCUCGCUGCUACAAGUCUCAGAUCAUUCUUUUAGUUUACUUUCACCAUCUCAACAUGCUUCGAGAAAACAAUGUGGCUCUUGA